AUGUUGUGUGAGAGGAAGGUCUUGGCGCUCGAUGUGUUGGCUGCACCCAUCGAAACAUUUCUCCACCUAUUCUGGACGAUCAGAAUACUCCCAUUUUCGCCCGCUUUGAAGGACCUCAAACGCCAAUGUGACAUUGUAAUUGGGGGCUCCGAUGAGUUCUAUGGGGUGUAUGUCAUUCAUCAGUUCUUCCAGAUAGCUCCUAGAUAUAUAGGUGGAUACGUGGCUGUCCUGCUGAUUGCUGCCCCCACCAUCCGGCGCCUCUCACUCACCCACUUCCCCGGGGAACAUAUAUCCCAAAGUUUUGGAUUUAGAACUCUCAAACUGUACUAUUCAAUUAGUUCCCGAACAAGGGGAAAUCUGUCUAGAUCUCCCUCUUUGGUAGAUAUCAUGAUGGCAGCCUUAUAUGUGGCCGCGGUAAAUGAAUGCAGUUUCUGCCUCAUUUUGUCACAGAUAAAGAGCAAUGCUGGCCACAAAUGGAGAUACAAGUCUCGGGAGGAUUAUGAGCAUCUUCCGUUCACCUGUUACAACCAGACCAAAGAAGGGGAAUAUGGCAGGCAGCGCCAUAGCGAUACCAGUACUGCAUUACGAUAUCAGCAUAGCCAGGGUGGUGGGGCAAUCAUCACAAUCUGGACAUUGUACUCACAGAAGGUUAUAUAA